AUGGGUGGGCCACCCUUGGUGUUGAUAAGCCUGUCGUCUUCCAGAGCUGCUCAAUUGCCCAGUGACCUCCACGGAGUCCAGGUACCUCUUCCCAAGAGGGGCAGACUACAAAAAGAAACCUGGAAAGGCAGGACUGUUUACAACCAGAGUCAAAAGGAUAUCCUCCAAGGGGGGCCUGGGUGGCUCACAUCGUUUGAACAAAACCCUUACGCUGAUAAAGCUACCAGGAAACAAUGGGGCAAGGAAAUUGGCAUUCCAGAGUAUGAAACCCAGGAACAAAAUCAGCUGCCUCGGUCUCAAGAAUACUUACCAAAAGCAGCCAGAGAAGACUGGACAUCCAUCACAAGACCUCAAUCACAUAUCCUACUUCAAGCUUUUGAGAGGAACCAAUUCCCUGAUAUAACAACCAGGAAAAAACUGGCUAAAAUAACAGACAUUCAGGAAUCAAGAAUUCAAGAGUCCUCUGUCUCUUGUGUGAACCAAGGACCAAGCGUCAUGAUGGUACAGCCCACAGACUAUGCAGAGAGAAUUCUUUACUCUCCUCGGAAUUACCGGCCAAUACCAUCAACUCUGCGAGUCUCAGAUACUCAGGCUCCUUUCUGGCCGCCAAAGCAAGAAAAGUGCCAGAAUCACAAAGAAUAGAAGCACACAGGAGUACUACAGUUGAAGGACUACUCUCAGCCUCAUCCUGAGCACCAAAACCACCAACUGCAGGAUCUGGGGCAGGUAGACAUUAUUCUGCAAUGGGAUGAAAUCUGCCAGACUCUGAUUGCAAAGUGGGAUCCUCGAGGAGGGACACACUGA